GCACCAGAGAGCGAGCAGGAACGGGCCGUCCCACGACGAGGUGCGUCCGUGGUGGGGUGUCAGCCGUGGCUUAUCUGGCGACUUUAUGUAUAUUACGAUACCCGAGGUAGGAACACGAGCAGUUCACUGCUGGCUAACCGGUCGGAGAAGUCGGCAGAGCCGAGUCGUCUGCGUGGCGCGCCACACCAAGUGCAACGAGAGUCACGUGUGCCGACGAGAAAAAUCGUUUCCCUUUUCUUUUCCUUUUUUUUUUUUUUUAUAAGCAAAAUAAAUUUCAUCGUCCGACUACUAGUAUUGAGCUUACGUGUAUGCGUAAGAGACGCGUGAAAGUCACGUAGUGCGCGCGUCGACCGAGUAGUUUUCGGCAAGCUGAUCGAACAGAUCGUGUGUAUUGAUCAGCGAUCGCUUGGAUCCAGGAUGAUCGUCCUCGCGUGGUGCCUAUUUGUUAUCGUCUCGUUUCUCGUGGCGAAAAACCAGGCCUUCCUCAACGCGCCGAUACCAGCUCACGCAGUGUCGAGUUACAGCAUCGGUGCUGAAAGACGAAUGGAGAGCAAUAAAGCCACUCACAACAUAAACGACAAUCGUCACUCGGACGACUCGAAAUCCGACGAUGACAAGGAGGAGACUGUCUACGUGAUCACAUUCGGAGAGAAGGAAGAAAACGGGGAGAAAGAAAGAGAUACGGAAGAGAUCGGUCCCCGUUUUGUUAUAGUCAACGGCGAUCUGCAGAAUCCGUUGGAUCCAUGGUCGAUAGUUUGGUACAUCGGCUCAUUCGGCGGCCUGGUGGCAUUUUUCCUCAUCGUCAGCUGUUCCGAAUGGUGCUGUAGACGGGGUGGCCGACCCCUAACGGUACCCUACGCGCAGCGUGCCGAGACGAUAAAUACCCCCGGAGUCACGGAAACCCCACCGCCGCCCUAUCACCUGUUUGCGCCGCCUUCGUACGAUUCCGUCAACUACGGCGAAAUCGUCGACAAGACGACCGGCGAGAAGCUGGAUAUCUACGUGAUCUCGAUGCCGAUCCACAGACCGAUGGAGCAGGCGCCUGCGUAGAGGACUUUGAAAAGAUCAUCCUCUUGGCGAGGAUUAUCGGACUCAAUCUAACACGAUCAAAUUGAUCGAUCGCGAAGAAGUCACGUGGAUCUCUUUAAAGUUUCGUUAAAGUUUUCGGACGGUUAACAAACGUUGAAGAUGACCGUUCAAUAAAGAAGCUGUCUUGAACGUUGCAAUGAUAUAACGAAAGAGUGACUCUAAAUGUGUGUCUUCGCUGUGUUUUUGUUUUUUGACAUAAUUAAGGGAUAUCAUUGAGAAAAAUAACGAGCAAAAAUUCACCGAAGUGUUAGUAUCAUUCCGGAUUGUAUGAAUCGUUUUCCACAUUUCUCUAAAAAGUACCGAGUAUCUCAAAUCUUGAGGAGAAAUCGUGCGAAAAAUUAUCAUUCUAUAUAUUGACGACGAUGGAAAAGAUUAGAUUCAUCGAAGAAAGCUUUGAUAGUUUUCAGAUGAAACAAUGUAUUAUUACAGGAAAUCAAUUUUUCAUUAUUUACAUGAGAUUCUAUAGCUUUAUCAGUGAAAAUAUUUUAUUGGAACCUCAAUAAAAAGAAAAACGACGGCUAACAAUGCUAACGGAUGUUCUGAGUCAAUGCUUGUAUAGAAGAAUUUAUCGUAGCGUGAUAUAGUGAUGACACUUAGAUGAUAUACUUGAUAUAUGAUCAAAGUCGAAGAAUGUUGUCCGAGAUAAAUUAUAAAAAAUUUAUAAAAAAAAUAGAAUGGACCGUAAUGGAAAGUAUGUCUUCGUGAGUUCCUUGGAUAAUACACGUUUAAAAAAAUAUUGUAUUGUAGAGCAAUAAUUAAUUUAAUCGGCCUACGAAAAAUGGUGGAUGAAAUCGAAAAUGCGACCAAAAAUUCCGAUCGUAGCGUUCGUCGAAAACGUUCAUCUUUUCAUACGCGCGACGUAUUUUAAGGAGCAAGAUUAAUGGCAGGAUGUGCGAAUAUUUAAGAACAUAUAAUAAAUAAAUGAAAUAAACGAUUAUAUAUUCAAUCAAUCACUGCCAUUCGAGAUAGAAUAAUCAAGGUUUAGAUAUCAAAUUAAAAGAUUUCUUUUUUACUAUAUUAAUAUAAUAAAUCAAGAUUUUUAUUUCUAGAGAUAUAAAUUUCCAUCAUAUGCAACGACUUUGAAAAAUCCCCCACGACAAUCGACGAUAUCAUCAUUGAUUUAUCGAUUAUUGUUUUGUUAAAAAGUGUUAUUAUAAUGUGAAUUGUGAGAACUUGCAGACUUAUACUCAUGAUAUUGCCGUACGCGAUUACCCCCAAUCGCUUACCGACACCGUCAAUUAAGGACGAUUAGUGUAGAUUAUAAAUCGACUGCUAUGAGAAGUGUCUCCACGCAAACGAGACUGCAAAAAUAAUUUAAGAUAAUAACGCGAGAGCGAGUGUAUUUGCCGCGAGACAACUACAAUGUUUCCGAUAACAGCAGGUGUCGCAGCUCUUCGCGUGCAAACAGCAACUUGUGAGCGAUCAAUUAUACGUUAAUUAACGUUUAUGUUCGCGAGUAAUCACGAGCAGAGUCUUCGUGCCUCUUUGUGACCUCUCAUGGCCAAAAUAUUCUUCUGACGCAAUUGGAUUCCAAAAAUACGCAAAAAAGUCGAUAAAUAUCAAUGAAUGUUCCGUUAUAAAGUAGAUUCCGUUAUGACGAAAUCCGAUCGAAUGUGCCAUGUAAUUCUCUCUCUUUGAACUAGAGGAUUUAUAUUUUAUUUAAUUUGGUCGUGUGUGUAUGUAUGUGCGUGUGUGUGUGUGCGCGCGCUUGGGAACAUCAAUGUGGAUAUAACGUUAUUAUUGAGAUAAAUAAUCUUAUUGUAUGUAACGAAAUUUUGAAACCAUUGAAAAUCAUUGUAAGUUUAUUAUACAUUGGGGAUAAAAAAAAAUUGAAAGAUUUUAAAAUGUUUCCUAAAAUCUAUCUCUCUAUAUAUAGAGCUAAUUUAUAUUUAUAAAACUGCAAUAUAAUGUGAAACUGUUGAACCGUUCAUAUCAUAUGUGGAAAUGUAAGGCGAUUAAUUGUCAGAUUUAAAUAGUAAAUUCUAAAAUGUGCAACAUCUGCAAUAAUCUUCCAAUAUAGUCUUUCAAAUGUAAAACACACGAAAUACAAAUUAGUUAGCAAUUAUAAAAAUACGUGUACUUAUAUGAGUAAAAAAAAGCAUGAAUAUUAGAAUGCUUUUAGUGAAUUGAAAUUUAACUUUAACUACUGUAAAAUACUUUAAUACAAUGUCAAUUAUAGCGGUAUAAUUACGAUUCUAUUAUAAUUAGUAUAAAUGCCCGAUUAUUUUGGAAAUAAUAUAUUAGAUAUGAUACAUACAAACUCUAAAUAAUAUUUAUUUUUUUAAUUUUAAAAUAUAUUUUGAUUUAUAUGUCUGAUUAUGAAAAAUCCGCAAAAAUCGUUUUUUUAUCUGUUUCCAUUUUUUAAUAACAUCAAAUAAAACUGUAAAAAUAUUUAUAAACACUGUGAUUCGCACGUAACAAAUACAGAUAGCUAUAGAAAUUAUAAAUAGAUUAUAAAUGCGGUCUCGUUCUCAGCAGUGUGUUAUCAUUUUAAAGUGAACGAUUCGCCUAUUUUCCCGCGUUACUGUUACAAUUAUCAUUAUUGUUACAUGUAGUUUACUCUCAUCGUCAGCUGUGCUCGCAACGCAUUCCCGUGUUGUCAAGGGCAUCACGACCGACUCUUUAUAUCCACGAGACUCGCAAAACGCCGGCGCGCGCGCUGCUAAUAUUUAUUUUUUAUACUUUUAUACACACACACUGUUUAUAUAUACGUAUUUGGACGUCCCUAUGUUAUCAAUAAAAUUUCAUUUCUCAUAUAAAAAAACAAUUGUGUUACAUCGAUCACCAUACAUUCAACAUCUUUUUCUUUCGAUGAUUAUAACUGACGAAUAUGUAUACUCGCCUGCGCAUUAUAUAAUUGUAAAACAUAAAUUUUUUGCCGCAAUAUUAUAUCUCAAAUUUUGUAAAAGAUCUGUCUGUGAUUUUAUAUAUAAUUAAAUAUAUCUUAUGUAUGA